AGGUCUUUACUCACUCGCCGUCAUUAUGCUUUAGAGCUUAAUGAUUGGCUCACACAGACCCACCUGCCUUUUGAAAAAACCUCUGAGCUGUUAGGGCUUCCGAAGCUGGUUGCCCCGCGGCGCCGCUCCUGCCUUUCACCCCACCCCACCCCUCCUUCCUCUGGCUCGCCUUUUAAAUCUCCUCCUCCCACCACUUCCCUUGGAAUUUUUCUUCUCUUCCCUCCUCGUCUCGCAUACCCGGUUCAAGCAUCCGAUCUGCGAUUUUGUAUGUGCAACCCUUCAAGGCCUUGAUCAAGAACAUCGACAAGAUCUAUUGCUUCAUUGCAGGUUUCUUUGGAGAUAUUCUUGAUAAUCGCCUGCUUUCCUCACGUUGCCUCUUCGGCCGCUGACCUCUUCACAGCACGUACAUCAAAAACCUUAUCACAAACCAUUCACAACCGUCAAAAUGGGUAAGGAGGACAAGACUCACCUUAACGUCGUCGUCAUCGGCCACGUCGACUCUGGCAAGUCGACCACUACCGGUCACUUGAUCUACCAGUGCGGUGGUAUCGACAAGCGAACCAUCGAGAAGUUCGAGAAGGAAGCCGCUGAGCUCGGUAAGGGUUCCUUCAAGUACGCCUGGGUUCUUGACAAGCUCAAGGCCGAGCGUGAGCGUGGUAUCACCAUCGAUAUUGCUCUCUGGAAGUUCGAGACUCCUCGCUACUAUGUCACCGUCAUUGACGCUCCCGGUCACCGUGAUUUCAUCAAGAACAUGAUCACUGGUACUUCCCAGGCCGAUUGCGCCAUUCUCAUCAUUGCCGCCGGUACUGGUGAGUUCGAGGCUGGUAUUUCCAAGGAUGGUCAGACCCGUGAGCACGCUCUUCUUGCCUACACCCUUGGUGUCAAGAACCUCAUUGUCGCCAUCAACAAGAUGGACACCACCAAGUGGUCUGAGGCCCGUUACCAGGAGAUCAUCAAGGAGACCUCCUCUUUCAUCAAGAAGGUCGGCUACAACCCCAAGGCUGUCGCUUUCGUCCCCAUCUCCGGUUUCAACGGUGACAACAUGCUUACCCCCUCCACCAACUGCCCCUGGUACAAGGGUUGGGAGCGUGAGAUCAAGUCCGGCAAGCUCAGUGGCAAGACCCUCCUCGAGGCCAUUGACUCCAUCGAGCCCCCCAAGCGUCCCGUUGACAAGCCCCUCCGUCUUCCCCUCCAGGAUGUCUACAAGAUCGGUGGUAUUGGAACGGUUCCCGUCGGCCGUAUCGAGACUGGUGUCAUCAAGCCCGGUAUGGUCGUUACCUUCGCUCCUUCCAACGUCACCACUGAAGUCAAGUCCGUCGAGAUGCACCACGAGCAGCUCACUGAGGGCCAGCCCGGUGACAACGUUGGUUUCAACGUGAAGAACGUCUCCGUCAAGGACAUCCGACGUGGUAACGUCGCUGGUGACUCCAAGAACGACCCCCCUAUGGGUGCCGCUUCUUUCACCGCCCAGGUCAUCGUCCUCAACCACCCCGGUCAGGUCGGUGCUGGUUACGCUCCCGUCCUCGAUUGCCACACUGCCCACAUUGCCUGCAAGUUCGCCGAGAUCCAGGAGAAGAUCGACCGCCGAACCGGUAAGGCCACUGAGGCCGCCCCCAAGUUCAUCAAGUCUGGUGACUCCGCCAUCGUCAAGAUGGUUCCCUCCAAGCCCAUGUGUGUUGAGGCUUUCACUGACUACCCUCCUCUGGGUCGUUUCGCCGUCCGUGACAUGCGACAGACUGUCGCCGUCGGUGUCAUCAAGGCCGUCGAGAAGUCCAGCGGUGCUGCCGGCAAGGUCACCAAGUCCGCUGCCAAGGCCGCCAAGAAAUAAGCAACUUAUUUCUGAAAUGACAACCUUCAGUGGGAUCUUACGACCUCGAUCUCACGCCCAAGGGCUGAUGUACUCGCUUCUACGACGAAAUGAUCAUGUUGGCAUGAGCACUCGGCUUUUGUCUGGGGGCACAUAAUGAGAGGCAAAGAAAAAAGGCCAGGAUCUCGGUUGUGUGCAAAUCAAAAAAAGAAUAGAGAGUCUAGAAGUGAUUCGUGCAAAAGUUUCUUGUUCCUACCUAUGAUGCUUGUGAUGUGAUGUGUGACUGCUGCAAAUGAAGCUUCUCGUGAUGUAAUUUCUGCUCAAUUGAUUGACUUGGAUUACCUGUAAGUUGAAGCAGAUCCUUAGAGCGUCAGUAGUUCGUUCAGGCGGAUGGUUCAGUGUGUGUGGCGAUCACAGUGAUGCAGUGUGCACUGUACCGUGAUUUAUUGUUGAUGUUGUAUUUUUGGUGUGUAAUGAUACAUAAUGCCCCUUUCCUCUAUAUAUUCGUCUAAUAAUGAUGUUACAUAUGAUAUACAUGCUAUUUUAGUAUACAAUAGUAUCUUUUCCUUUUUCUUCUGCGUAUCCAAAGCUGCCUCUCGCAAUCUUUACGAUUUCCUCAUGUAUAACGUUGCAAGUCACGACCAGCAUGGCGCUGUAGAGAAACAGAGGCGCAAGAGAGUGACACACAAGCCUCAUGAAUGAUCGUCCUUGUUCGUACUCCUGACAUCGUUUCGGUCGUAGCAUGUUCAAACACUUCAUUUGAGAGCGGUUCAAAGCCUUUUGCGUUUCGAGUUACUCGAUGUCGGUUGUUUUCUCUUUGAAGUAGACGUUUUCUUUUUCUGAGCGGGCUGCCUUUUAGCAGGCUUCUCGUUUGGAAGGGUGUCGAAGAACCCAAUGACACUAUUUUGGUCCUUCCCUCUGUUCUCUGAAGUCGCUCGUCUGGCGAACUGAGCAGCAAAUGCAUCUGCAUCUGACAUUGUGGCGGGUUUCUGUAGCUCUGGGAGGGUAUAUUUGCUUGGCUUGUCCUUGGCUUUCCUGGUAGUUGCUAAUUUCUUUGGCGUUGCUUUGGGCUUGGGUACUGGCUCCUUGGUUGCGAAGUACUCACUCUGGACCUUUUUGCGAGUCUUCUCUUUUUUAGUUGCAACAUCUUCCUUUUGAGGUUUUGGGGGUGUGGCCUUGUCUUCUAGCAAUUCUGAUAAAUCUGGCAAGUUGUUGUUAGGUUUCGGGGGCGUGGCUUCUGGAAAUUCUGGCAAAUCUGGCAAUUUGUCGAUCGGAGAAGUAUCCUUAGGAACGCUCGUCCUUGACUUCUUGUGGUGGUAGGCAGCAUCGAUGCCGUAGAGCUUCUUGUUGUCUUCACUCACAAAGGCCUUAGGGCUGGCGUACUCGUCGAGGAAACUCAUGAGAUUAUCUGUCGCUUUCCUUUUGGCGAUAGGAUCGGGAUAUUUCUCAUCAGACACUUUCUCGUCAAAUUUGGUCUCGUCAAGCUGUUGCUCGUCAGGCUUGGGUGUAUUGUCGGGGUUGAGCUCAAAAGUCUGGCCCUCCGCCGCAAACAAUGCCUCUAUGUCGUCAAAGAUCUCAACUGGAGCUCCUGUCUUUGGCUUUGGGCCAGACGUGCGUUCAUUCACACAACCACGGAUUUCAAGCUUGCCACCGUUCGCCUUCGUGGCUGACUCACGCUCACCGACACGACCACGCGAAUCAAACCUAUCAUUGCCCAUCUCGAUGGCUGACUUAUGUUGAUUCAAGCGGCCACGCGGAUCAGGCUUGUCACUGUCUCCGCUCGUAGCUGGUCUGUAUCGAUUGACGCGACCGCGCGAAUCAAACUUUUCGUUGUCGACAAUAACGUCCUCAGGGAGAUCCUCUUCAAACAGAUUGUAACUGAAAUCUUCUAGCUGGUGGCUCUUGAUGGAUUUGUAGCCUUCAGACCAGGAGAAGCAUUUUCCAGUGGCCAUGUCCUCGACCAGCUGUAAAAAGCCUACACGUCUCUCAUCCUUGAAAGCAACUGGGUUCUCGCCUGGUAAACCAGCCUGGAGUGUAAUCUCCUGGCGUUGGCCGCCGUGCUGUCCAGCCUCGAUGCUAGAGUAGCGCAGUGUGUGGCCAUUCCAAGGCAUUUCCACGGUCUGAUGGAUCUCAGUUCCACGGAAGUCGUAAAGAACGUCUCUUUUCUCGGUGUUCAUUCUGCCGCUGCCACUUCCUCGCAACCAUGAUCCUGGAACCCUGAGCAUGGCCUGGCUCGGUGUUCGAAGUUGACCUUCACGAAGGUUGAGUUGCGAUUUCUCAAAGAAACUCUUCAUGCCUGGGUGAGUUAUUGGGAGAGUAUGGGAGCGCUUGUGCUCAAGGCGGACAUCUACAGCCUCUGUAGGAAGCAGCACGUCGCUGUUGUGCCAGGGCACAUAAAUGUGGGCGGUUACGUCGUCGGGGAUCUUGAAGUUGUCGAGAUCAGCCUGAGGGUGGACGGGGAUGGUAAUAUAGACAGCAGGAUCUGCAGGGAGUUUCUUCUUAGGAUCCGUUACUGGACUCUUUGAAGAAUCGAAAUGAGGCGAAAGGUGCAUAACAAUGGAAGUAGUCUCCUUUAGGGGCAAGUCGUUGUCGGGUUUGAGGGCGGAGAAAGCAGCGGGAUGAGGUGUAAGGGGGGCUAGGAUGCGGCGUUUGCGGUAGAGUUCCUUCAUCGAAGUGCUAGCGCGUUGGUGUAGGAUAUGGCCAAACGUUGCUGUAGUAGCGUCUACAUUUCCAGUGCGAGGACAUUUCUCUUCGGGAAUCGCUGAUUCGGAGGACAGCCCUAGCGGUGGAGUGUUUUGAGUGUUCUUGCUGAUGGGUGCUACAAUUCUCAGCCACUUCUGGAGCUUGUCUCUCCACGACAUAGCCCGAGCCUGGCGUUGUACAGGGACGGGCUGGCCAGUGACUAGGUCUUGGUCGUCCGAUCGCGGAAGACACUGGAGGACACCGUGGUCCGCGCCCGGGACGACACGGCCAACGAUUAAGCGGAAUACUGUGUCUGCAAGGUCUUCUGUCUCGGUUGGAGGCUCGUCAGGCUGGGGCAUCCAGGAGACGCGCAACUUCU